CCCCGCGCAAAUCCCGCCGCCGGCGCGCUCCACGCAGAACCCCUCCGCCGGCGCGCUCCACCCAGAACCCCGCCGCCGGAUCCACCCCAAGGCCCGCCGCCGUCUCCACCCCGUGGUUCGCCGCUGUUCCCCCACCUCAUCGACGACCGUGCCGCCCUCCUCCGCGCUUCGUCGCCGACCUCAGCGCUCUCGCCGACGACCGCGCCGCCCUCCUCGGCGCUCCCUCGCCGAUCUCGACGCCCUCGCCAACCUCGACGCUCUCGCCGACCGACCCCGAAGAUAUGGAGUUAGGGUAGGAGACCCAGAUCCCGAAGUUGUCCCGGAGCCCCAGCUGUGCCUACGACUGUUGUUCGACUACUUUCUCUACAGCCGAGGGUGAUUGAACAAUGAGCAAGCAAUCAUCCUUCAGCUUGCUUAAGAAGUUGCGCCAAGAGAAGCCCGGAACAACUCGAAGUGGAAGAGCACAUAUUCCUACUCGGCGCUUUGGUGAUAGUGACGAUGAAGGGAGGGAGGAUGGUCUACCGCCUAGAGGACGAGGCCGGAGGACCACGAGUGAGGAGGUUUCGCUUUCCCAGCGACGAGGAGGGGGCUUACCCCCUAGAGGACGAGGCCGGGGCCAAGAGCGUACACUAGGGCAGCGGACUCCGACGCCCUCCCUUAGUGAUGUACCCUCCGCUACUGGCACCGAGACUUCCGAGGGGGAGGAGGGAGCGAGAGGAGCCUCCCCAGAGGAUGAGGAGAUAGAGGAGGACAGUGAGGUGCAGCAGGAGGAGAUUGAUGAGGAGGAGGAGGCGGAGGCGGAGGACGAGGAGGAGGAGGAGGAGCUCGAGCCACAGGGGAGCUCGAAGUCGAUCUAGACUCGGGGAAUAGCGGGUCUCCCAAAAGUACCAGCUAAUGAUGAUGAGAAAACCCUCAUUAAGCCAAAUAACAAAGAGUAAGUGGUCAUUUGAACAAAUGAUUUCAUUUUGGUAAUACUAAUAUAGCACAUACUAAUAUUCUGACUCUUGUGCAGCAAUUGGUCAUUUGUUGGUACACGGGGCCGCCUUCCAAAUGGUGUGCUUGGAGUCUUGCUGAAGAAGUAUUGGCCGGGGCUCUACAGGUUGAAGCCGCUAGAUGAAACAUGCCGGGACAAGAAGCUAGCCCUUAAAUGGGAGGACUAUGAAGCUGCUCAUGACGAGAGCUUCGGGACCUAUGCGAAUGCUGUGAUCACCAAUUUUUGGGUCUUUUAUAAAGUGCCGAAGGAGGAUAGUACCAAGGCGGGCCAGGUCUUGGUGAAUGCCGCGAGGAAGAUGGUACGCCAGCAGCGGUACGAUGCGCGCAUUGUGGCCAUCUCGCACUUCUACGCCGAACAAGGCAAAAGGGUCCUCAAGAAAGAAAUUGUUGAAAAAGGUCUUACAUUGUCGAAGGAGGAGUUCAUGGGCAUUGCUCCCAAAUGGGUCGAUGGACGAGACGAUGGAUGGGCGGCGUUGGCGGACUUGUGGGUCGGGGAAGAUGCGGAGUUCAUGGCCCAAAGCAUGAAAAAUAGGGAGAAUCGUGGCAAGGAUGGAACGCACAAUGCAGGAAACCGGUCCCAUGAUCGCUACAAGGCGCACCAGGAGCAAGUUCAUGGGAAGCCGCUUACUAACUUAGGAGCCUGGAAGAUGUCGCAUAAGAAGACGAAGGUCGACAAACCUAGAGAGGAGAAAUACUAUGGUAAGUCUGGCACAUACUUGCAAAAUUACGCGACGGCGUUCAAAAAACUGCAUGGGGAGGAUUCUCAGCCCCUUGAGGAGGAGGUCGACGAGACGGUGGUGAUCGUGUCAGGGCUCGGCAAGCGGCAUGGCCGCCAUCAGAUUCUUGAUGGGGUGAUCGCGCCUACCACCACACUCACACAAGUUCGAGCUUCUAGCAUGAGCAGCAGUCAGUUGAUCCCACCUCGUCCACGGCCCGGUGGAUCUAGGCAGGCCUUCGAUACUUCUCUGGACGAGGCAUACAAUAGGCUCUAUGAGAGUUAUGAGGAGAAGCUUGAGGAGUACGUGAAGUCGGUUGAAGCCCACGAUGCGUACCAGGCCAGCCAUAAUGCGGCGGUGAUGGCGUAUAUUACUACUGGAGUUCAGCCGACUAUGGGAUCUCCGCCACCACCAAAACCACCGCUACCAAGGAUCCCAACGAGAGAAGAAUUCCUCGCCUCGGUCGCCUCAGGAAUUCCAGGAUCAGCUCAGUCCAGCACUGACUUUGGUCGUGCUUCUGCCUCGCCCUCACCCUCGCUUAGCCAGUCGCGGCCUAUCACCCCGAUUCAUACCGGAAGUAGUCGUGGUCCUAGUGCUUCUGCUGAGCCUGCUGACUUGCCGUUUCAGUGAUGAUGCUCUAGGAGGCAGACCUGUAAUGUCAACCCCUUGUCAUGACCACGCUGUACAAGUGCGGGAACUCGAAGUCCGUUGUUUGUGAUCGUUGGACUUGUAAUCUCUUGCUUGUGUCGUGUGACAUGUAUCAUGAAGAACAUAUGUAUCUGAAGUUGUCGUGCUUGUGUCAUCAUGUAUACAUGUGAACUCGCUGUGUUUGGCCCAUUUGACAUGAGGACUAUAUGUGCACAUGCAUUG